UCAGGUCGCGUGACGUAUCACGUUUCGGACGCGUCUCGAUAUACCGGUCAUAGUCAGUGGCGAUACGCAGCGCGGAAAGGUCGCGUCCUGUGAUCAGACGCCGUGCAAUUUGGCGCGUGAAGUUGUCCCGCGUAACUCGGAAUUUUCAGCGUGUUUUGUAACCAACGUCGGAGUGCAAAGUGUCCGGAGAACCACUCUCCUCCUUCCGCCAUGUUCACGUUAUUUACAUAUGACAUGUCAGAAGUCGCGCGCGUAUGAUGUAUAACGAGACGCUCGAUUAAUGUCGUAUCGCGGUAAUUAAUAUGCGCAAUUUGGUUUGUCUGUGCAAUUUGCGCGAGUGAAUGCGUGCUUCGAUGGAACGUCGUCGUAAAGAGAGCGGUCAGAGAUGUCCAGGCUAACUAAAUAUACGCGGGAAGCAGUAAAUUUAUUAGGUAGCAUUGCUGAUAAAUUACGUACGAAUUCGCGAGAUUUUCGAUGUUGCUUCGUUCGAUUAUAGUUUUCGUGUUAUUUUUCUGAUGCAAUGUACGCGAAAUACGCGUGCGAUUCGCGCGUCGUGUCGGGAGUGCCGUGUAAAGUGUCGGGCGAUCGUAAUUAUUCGUGUUUUCGCGAGUAUCGCGAGUGCUACAGGAACAAUGACUGUCGGCCAAGAGAGAAGGAGGCCUGGGGCGGCAUCGGGCGACAGCGGGGCAACUGUGAGAUCAAUGUGCUGUGUACCAGAACUUCGCUAUUGCAUAUGCACGUAUCGGGAAUCGUCCAAUAGAGACUCGCCCAAACGCUCCCAAGACAGCUGUUCACGUGCAAAAACUGAGGGGUCUGGGGCGCACGAAGGCGAGAAGAAAUGAGGUGGACGUGACACAAUGACAUGAUGAAGAGCCUGGUGGGGAUCAUGUGGAUAGUGUUGGUGCUCAUAUCAGGAUGCUCAGGAAAUCCAGACGCGAAGCGAUUAUACGACGACCUCUUGUCGAAUUACAACAAGCUGGUUCGUCCAGUGAUCAACGUCACAGACGCCCUCACCGUUAAAAUAAAGCUCAAGCUUUCGCAGCUCAUCGAUGUGAAUUUGAAGAAUCAAAUCAUGACGACGAACCUCUGGGUCGAACAGUCAUGGUACGAUUACAAGUUGAAGUGGGAUCCGAAAGAGUACGGUGGGGUCGAGAUGCUGCACGUGCCGUCAGAUCAUAUAUGGAGGCCGGAUAUAGUUUUAUACAACAACGCCGACGGUAAUUUCGAGGUGACGCUGGCGACGAAGGCAACUCUUAACUACACGGGUAGAGUCGAGUGGAAACCGCCGGCGAUUUAUAAGUCUUCCUGCGAGAUUGACGUCGAAUAUUUUCCUUUCGACGAGCAGACGUGCGUAAUGAAAUUCGGCUCGUGGACUUACGACGGCUUCCAGGUCGAUCUUAGACACAUCGAUGAGGUACGAGGCAGCAAUGUCGUCGAUAUCGGCGUCGAUCUGUCGGAGUUUUAUACUUCCGUUGAAUGGGACAUACUGGAAGUUCCUGCUGUAAGAAACGAAAAGUUUUACACGUGUUGCGACGAGCCUUACCUCGACAUCACUUUCAACAUCACCAUGAGACGGAAGACUCUGUUCUACACCGUUAAUCUCAUUAUACCGUGCAUGGGGAUAUCAUUCCUCACGGUGUUGGUGUUUUAUCUGCCAAGCGACAGUGGAGAGAAGGUCAGCCUGUCCAUCUCGAUUCUAUUGUCGCUGACUGUGUUCUUCCUCUUGCUGGCCGAAAUCAUCCCGCCCACGUCGCUCGUGGUACCGCUCCUCGGUAAAUUCGUCCUCUUCACUAUGAUCCUCGACACUUUCAGUAUAUGCGUAACAGUGGUGGUCCUCAACGUUCACUUCCGUUCACCGCAGACCCACGUAAUGGCGCCGUGGGUCCGACGAGUGUUCAUCCACGUUCUACCAAGGUUGUUGGUAAUGCGCAGGUAUAAUACGCCAACGCAGAGAACCGAUUACGAUUCCAGGCCGCAGUACCAGAUAGACAAGCGUAGCCUGGGCGGGCAUCAUGGGCAUCGCGUGAUGGUCAGAACAUGCAAUGGUCUCGAAUUGCGAGAUCCAUCACUGUUCGUCGAAUCCUCGGCCUCGGAGUUGGUCGAGUCCUCUGUGCUUUUUCCUAGUGUCGAUUCACGGGACGAGCUACAUCCUAGGGAAUUGGAGGCAGUAAAUUUAGGAAGCACAUGCCGUAUCCACGGUUCUCCAGCGGCAACGGCCGCACAGCCGCCGCCCCAGCUCCCAACAGAGGAGAGCGUUGACGCUCUCUGCAACACGCUUCACCAUUGGCAUCACUGCCCAGAAUUGUACAAGGCCAUAGAAGGCAUCCGCUUCAUCGCCGAUCAUACAAAGAGAGAAGAGGAUUCUACUAGAGUCAAGGAGGAUUGGAAAUACGUCGCAAUGGUGCUCGACAGACUAUUCCUCUGGAUCUUUACGCUAGCCGUAAUCGUCGGCACGGCUGGGAUUAUAUUACAGGCGCCGACCUUGUACGACGAUCGCAUUCCCAUCGAUGUACGACUCUCCGAGAUCGCCUCCACCACUGCCAAGCCACACAUCGUCACGAGCCCCCUCUGAGGGAUAAUUACUAAUUACGUUAAUGCCGCGCGCGUAAAGCCAUAUGCGAACACAUACAUAACAAUCUAUUACGACAAAUACGACUAACGAAACGUAUUAACGUCCGAAAGAGACUGAAGCCUCGCCAAGUCUUUGACCUUUGCGUGAAUGUAUAUCGUUGUGUCGCUGCCGAACAGAGAAUUCUUAUUAUUAAGGCACAAUAUGUGUUCUAUACUCCUCUUUCUCUCUCUCUCUUCCUCUCUCUCUUUCUCUACUUCGCUAUAAAAUUUGAAUAUACAUUAAUUAAAAAAUAUACGUUCUUUUCUGUAUAGUUAAGUGAAUUAAAAGAAUCAGAAUAUUUUCUCAAAUUAGGUUUGUGAUCUUCGAAAUUAGAGGUAUUGAUUUUAGCGAUAUCGUUUCCGUUCAUUACUUUGGCAUUUUUUUCAAUUAAUAUUUAAUAGUAAUACUAUUUAUGAACGAGAUACACUUGCGCCGAUAUAUUAAAUAAUUAUAGGGACCUAUGUGUAGGGGAUAGCGAUCUGCCAGUAUAUCCGUGCGUUGAUUUUGUCGUCUUAGUAAGAAUUCUCGAGCUACAGCGCAGAAUACACUUUUUGCGCAAUCGCAUAGAAGGUAAAGAAGGUAAAGAAAGGAGUAUCACGACAACAAAUAUGUCUCAACUAUUUGCACGCUGAUCGCGUUUGAUUCCGUGUAGCACGUGGACGUAAGAAGUUCAUAAUGUAUAGAUAAUACGUAUAAUCCGAUGUACACAAGAUAUACCUUCUUAUUUCUCGAAUUAAAUAGGAAGGAAAUUCAAAUUGCGCAUAAAUUGAUAAAGUUAAGUAUGCGGUUUUCUGCACAGCUUAAUCAAAUGCAUUUUUUAAAAUAUAAGUUGAAAUAUAAACUUUUUUAUUUUACAAAUUCACAAUAUGUUUACGUAAAUUAUUGCCGCCCAAGUUAAUCACGAAUUGUUUACUGAAUAGAAUCUUUACUUAUUACGUAUGCAAUAAGAUAACAAAAUUCGAGCAACAAGAAGAAUUUAUCUUAACAUCAUCGGAUUCAGAUGCGGCCUGUGUUUCGCGACUAGGGAAUUAUAAUGAAGUUUAAUAAAAGAAAUGAAUAUAUAUAGUAGGUAAAGGGAGGAUAAACACGUAUAUACUGUAGAAGUAAUUCAGAAAGAUCUUAACAGUACAUAUUUCGUGCCAGUUGCAUUUUUCUAACUCUUUCGAUAGACACAAACAUUUAUUACACACGAUUACUUCAUUUUGUCAGUACAUUAAAGAAUUCUUUGAGAAUGCAAAAAAUGCGAGCAAUAAGAAAAUAUUCCGAAUACAUUGCCAGAUUUUGUUUCAUAUAAAAGAUACGUUUAUGGUGUUUAUACAUAUAACGAAAAGAAAAGAAAUAUCGAUGGAUGAAGGAUGCAAGUGGCACGAAGUUGUACGAAGCCUGUUGCAGACUCAGGAACACACAGAAAAUAAAAAAGGAAUAUUACAUUUCCCAACACACUACAUCGAGCCUGUAACAAUGGGGCCAUAUUUUCACAAAGAACGAAAGUGCGUGUUCUCUCGUAUUAAAAAAGUAAAAAUAAAAAAUGAAAUUCUAAAUAUAUCUGCAUCGAUUACACGAAGCAGAGAACAGGUUGGGCCUAAAAGAAGAGAAGUUUAGAGGACUCAACUUUUAUUGCUCAUAAUGUAUAUGUUUGUAAUAAGAGUAACUUUCGUAAUUAUAUUUGUUCCAGCACCACAUAUACCGGCCGGAUACGGUCGGCAAUUUAUUAAACGGAUUUGACGGAAUACGUAAUAAUAUACAUACGAUAGCGAGAAUUGUUUGAUAGCGUUUCCAUGAUUUAUCGUCUUCCUACAGUAGCAUUAAAUUCCAAUUCGUUUUUAUCAACGACGGCGGUACGCCGCUAAUUCUUGCCAAAAAGAGAAAAAGAAAACAGUAAGUACUGCGAUCGAUAAUUUAUUAGCGAAACACAUGUAAUCGGAUCAUGAGACAUCAGUAGUCCGCCGUGUUUGAUACUUUGUACGUUUCGAUAUAAUUUAGUACGAAAAAAAGACUUUAGAUUGUAUAUCGGCGCGAUUAAAUAAAUUAAUUAUAGAAUUAUAGACAGAUGAUUUACGUGAUGGAUGUAAUUUGUAAGUUUUAUUAACCCUGCAAUGUGAUGUAUCAUUUUGGAAUCGAAAUAUAAUAAUUUUGUCGAUAAAUAA